AUGACUCGGCCAAGACUCCUCGUUCGUUCGGGCGGCAGAGCGGGGAGGCACCCGGAGCUCCUCCAGCGCCUGGCGAACGCCUCCCCGCCGCGGGGGCGGCGAACCUGCCGGCGCUCGGGGGCUGCGGGCGCAGGUGGGACGCGGCACGGCCACCGCGGGAGCGUCACCGCCGCCUCCUCCCUUUCCUCCGCAGAGCCCCAGCCCGAGCCCGCGGGCGGCUGCGGGAGCCGCAGAGCCCCGCAGAGCCCCGCAGAGCUGGCGGAGGCCGCUGCGGUGAGCGGGGCCGGAGCGGGGGCGGCUCCGGGGCGCGGACAGGUGGGUGGCGGGCGGUGCGAGCGCGGCGGCGGCGGCGGGAGCCCCGGCCCCGCGAUAAAAAGGGAAGGGGCCGGAGGUGCGCGCUGCGGGUCCGCCCGGCGGAACGUGCCUGGAGGGGCUGGCGGCAGGCUGAGCCGGCGGGGGAGCGGGAGGCUGUGCCCAGCCGUGAGCCGCCUCCCUCGCCCGCCCUCCCUCCCGCAGGAAUCCCGGCACCGGGACGCGCGGCUCCCGCGGGCUGCGCAGCGCUGGCGAGGAGGAGCCGCCGCCACGUCCUGCGGCACCGGCCCGGCCGGCGCAGGUGGCAGUGUAGAAGCCAAGAACAAAAAUUGGCAGAAAUUGUGUUCUGUGUACGAGAAUGUGAAGAGUGUACUCAUGACUAAGCACAGGAACCUGGAAAACCACAGGUGAUGCAGAGACAUCUCCUGCUGAGGAGUGUAACCAGUGCUGGAAGGGAGCAUUUGGUAACCUUCAAACCACAAAGUGGCUUACAGCAAAAGGAGUCCAGGCUGUCUGCUCAAGGUGGAGAAGUGCUGGUGACAUAAAGGCUACCAGAAGAGUGCUGGAAGCAGCACAUGAGUUGCUGGAUAAAAGGUGAAGAGUAAAGAGCUGUGCAGCAUCAGUGUGCAGUGCAAUCCCAAUGUUCUGCAUGAGGGAAAGCAGGAAAGGCACACAGGUCAAGGUGACACUGGCUGUAGGUGAAGUAUGUUGGGCAGAAGUUGAUGAAGGUCAUCUAGAGAACAGUCAAGGACUGCUGGAAAAUUAGGUCCUAUUUAGACAGGAGGACAGGCAGGCAGGCCAAAAUGGAAGUGUUCCUAUGCAAAUGUUGGAAGAGUGGAAUAUAAAAUGGAGGGACUGAUGGCUUCGUUCUGCAGUGAGUCAUUGACAGUCCACAUCUGCCACAGAGAAGGUAUUGAGCAGGACACUGAUUAGGGAUCCUAUGGACAGCCUGGUAAGAGGAGCUGUCAAGAGAAUAAAAUGCUUGCAGCCGUUGUGGAGAGCUCAGAAAAAAAAUGCAUAUUUCUUAAAAACUGCUUCUCUGACUCUUUAAAAAAGUUUUGAGCGUUAUUUAGCACGGUUGAGCAUAAUGUAGGGAACAGAAAGAUACUCUGAAAAAGAUGUUCAAAAAUUUUAAAAAGGUGAAAUUAAUGCAAAAUAAACAUGAAAUAUAUAGUAAAACAAGUUAAAGCCUGAUAUGUAAUUUGUAAAAGGCAGAGGAACGUGUCAUGAGUUCUUUGAAAAUGAUCAGAAAUGGGAUGGCCAAUGGUGCAGUAGAUAACUAACAUCUAAAAGAGCUCAAAGCAUGUUGCACCUUUAGCUAAAGGCAUGUGAGAUGACAAUGUUCACAGUAGCAGUGAAGCUGAGGGUGCCAAAGGUGAUGCCAGUUUUUAAAAAGUCUUCCAGAAAGCCUGUGGGAAAGAACAGGACAAGUUUGACUGGCACUCCUACCAGCCAGUUUUCUGGUAAAUACCAUGGAGAAGAAAACUGAAGCACUCAUGGACUGAGUUUGAGGUACCAGGAAGGAGUCAGAACAGUCUCACGGGUCUGGUGGAGUUCUUUGAAGGCACUGCUGAGGUUGUGAGUAAGUGUGAUUUAGCUGAUGCAGUACACUGGGGUUUCAGGGAGUCUUGUGAGAGCGACUCACCAAAGGUGCUGAGCAAAAUGAAACUUCUCUGACAUAAGAGGAAUUUUUUUUUUGUCCUAGACUGCUGGCCAAAAGAUGAAUAAAUGUCCUGUUUAACAGAAGGGAUGGAUAGAGUUACUCAUGGAUCUGUGCUAAGUUUAACACCAGUAUGCAUUGGAGUGCAGAAUGAUUCUAAGUUAAUGAGAGAAGCAUAAAUGAAGGCCAAUUAUGAAGAACCCAAGAGGGAGCUUGUGAUGCUUAGUAACUGGGGUUGAAGCUUGCUGCUGGUGCUAUGAAGUAAUGCAUGUGGUGGAGAACAAUCCUGCCAUUGUUGAGUUUAUUAGCAUGGAAGGAAGUGAUGUUGUAGAGAGUUUAUCAUGCCAAAUCCAAGCAUUGAUCAAGAGUUUGGGAUUAGUGAAAAAAAAAAAGAAAAAUUAGGGAAAGAUGGCUCACAGAGCAGAAGUCUGCUAUGCCAGUUUGUAAACUGCCUGUGCUUUUGUCUUGACCUCAGAGUGCUGUUCUGAGUCCUGGGUGUAAAGGAAGACUGAGGAGGGGAAAAAAGGGAGAUAAGAGAACUAAAAAUGGGUGGCAGUGAUGAUAAAGAGAAAUUAAACAGAUUGAGAACCUUCAGCUUGGCAAAGAAGUAGCUAAAGAUGAAAAUGAUAAAAAUCUAUAUAGGAGUGUAAUGGAAAAAAAAAAAAAGAACAGGGAAUGCUCAUUAAGUGUUUCUUGUAGAACAAGACCCAGAGGGGAUCAAAUAAAAUUAUCAAGUGGCAGAUUCAGAGCAAGUAAGAGGUGGUAUUUUUUCCAUGGUGCAUAGUUUAGCUGUGAGCCACUGCACACACUGCAGGAUUAUCUGGGUGUGGACUGAUGCAAAAGCAUCAACUCCUGCUUAGAAGAACACAGAGCCCAGUGCCUGAAGGCUGCAGAGGGAUCUCAAAGUCCAUCCCUGCAUGCUUUCCUUGUCCUGGUGCUCUUCCCAGACCUCUGCUCUCAGCCAUUGCUAAAAACACAAUAUAAGCAGAAGAGUAUCUUGGGCUUGAUUGAAUGUGGCUAUUAAUAUGUAAAAUGAAGAAAAAUUGCAAUCCCAUACAGAAAAUGCUGGCCAAAUGCCACUCCAGAAGCAUAAC